UUGAAUCGGACGUCGCCAUCGCUUCUAAUUUUUGACACGCGGCGUCUCCAUCCUUCCCUUUCCAUCCAUCUGCUCUGUCAUACCUAUCGGAGAGUACCCCGGCACACCAAAAAUCUCGCUCUCUCUCUCUCUCUCGGGGCUCGUUCGAACCACCUGAGAAGCGGGUCCGAUCUUGGUGGCUAAAAAUCUCGGAAGCACCGGGUUCAGUGUGGACCGAGCCAUCCGUAGCGCCCACCUAUUCGUUUCACCACGAAUUAGGGGGGCCAUCAUGAGUGACGGUGGUGACGGUGGUGGCGGUGGCGGUAAUCACUUGAUCUCAGUUCAUCCCGACGAGCUCAAGUUCCAAUUUGAACUGGAAAAGCAAAGCUACUGUGAUCUUAAAAUUGUGAACAACACAGAACAUGAUGUUGCUUUUAAGGUUAAAACCACCUCCCCUAAAAAGUACUUUGUGCGGCCCAACACUGGUGUCAUGCAUCCUUGGGACUCGUGUAUCGUAAGAGUCACCCUCCAAGCCCAACGAGAAUAUCCUCUAGAUAUGAACUGCAAAGAUAAAUUUCUGUUGCAGAGUACGAUAGUGCCUCCUCAUACUGAUGUUGAUGAGCUUCCACAAGAUACUUUUAACAAGGACACUGAAAGGGCUAUAGAGGAAUGCAAGCUUAGAGUUGUGUAUAUCUCUCCUGCCUCAGCUCAUGAAAACUUGGAAGAUCAAGCAGUAAGGGGCUCAACACGGAGUCCUGAUACCAAUUCUAACGAGGCUUUGCAGCAUUUGAAGGAUGAAAUAGAUGCAGCUGUUCGGCAAACACAGCAACUGCAACUGGAAUUGGACUCGCUGAAUAGACGAAGAUAUAGAAAAAGUGAUCCUGCCUUUUCCUUCACCUUCACAAUCAUUGUGGCACUAAUAGGCAUUAUGCUUGGCUUCCUCUUGAACCUUUCGUUGUCCUCACCGUCCACAGAAUGACUUCUAAGGAGAUUAUUUUCCUGUUUAUUUCACUGUAUAAAUUUAACGCUGAGUUGGAUGGAAAGUCUGCCUGUUUUCUUCUCUUGUCUUGUAUAGUGAUCUAUUAACACUUUGUACUAGAUUCUAGCAAAAAGAUGUUUACUUGCUCUACCCAAGGAAUAAUGAGUGCUCUUAUUAAGUGUCUUAAUAUUAAAGAGUAAUUUAAGAGGUAAGAA